GAAGGCAGAGCAGAAAGUCACAGGACUCCACAAGGCCUUGACGGAUCGCCAAAGUAUGUGGGAACGCUACGAGAAGGAUCUAAAAGCCAGCUACCGCAAAGAGCAUGCCAAGUUCCAAAGAGACAUGCUCAAGUUGAAGGAGGACCUCACCAAAGCCACGGAUGUGCAGGAGACAGCCCGCAAGGCGGAAAGCACGGCGAAGAACGAUGCCCAGGAGGUCAUACGACGGGCUCUGGAAGCGAAUCGGAGGCAAGCUCCGCAGGAGCUCAUGCACCACGAAACUGGAGCUGCAAUGUCGGAUGUUGCCCGUGGACCGCCGGAGGGUGGACACCCAAUUGGGCCACCCGGCUUGGUGGCACCUACAGCAGCCCCCGGGGAGGGCUCUACGGAUGCUGCGGCUCCGCCACCAGAAUGGAUGAUGAGUGGUUUCGCGGCCUUCACGGAUGGCGGCGGUGGAACUCCCCACUUGGAUCCCUACAUGUCCAGCCCGGGGAAUCUGAGGGUUUCGACCAAUACGUCGCCGACGCAACACUACAAGUCGGCAGACGGUGUCCGAUUGUCAGUCAAGACAAGGAGUGCCUUAGCCCCAUUUGGUGUUCUUCCGCCUGGGCACCCGGGGAACGAGGGCAGAGCCACAGAGAUCAAGGCUCGUUUGGGAGGCUUUUCCUUGCUGGACGACGACAAAGACCUCGGAGGUCAAGACAC